CAGGCAGUGUUCCAGUGACUUUGCCACGCACACACUCAGAGGAAAGAAGAAAGUUUCAGAGGAAACGCCUCUAUUUUGAGUCUUUGCAGAACUAGCCAUGGCUCGUCAAGUCAUUAUGUGGAUCCUCAUCUUCACUGUGUGUGGAGUGACCCCAGUCAUUUUAGCUGAGGAUAAGUUCUAUUGCCACAAUCUGCAAUAUGCUGGCCCCAUAAAAGAUGUAAUAGUGAUGAAGCCAACCAAACUUGCUGAGAAGACAUCCAAUGCAGCUAAGAUAGGCAUUGGUUUCGCAAAAACCAUGAUUUCAAAUACUCUAGGAGAUAUUCCAGUAGUAGGGUCCAUCCUGAGUGCGCUGUUUGAUGAAAUAGCCGAUGUAUAUGGACCUGGAGGAGGCCUGGAUCCAGAAGACGUUUACAACAGCUUGAAGGCCGAAAUCGAUAAGCUCAAAGAAUACAUGGAUCAGGAAAUUUUAGAAGCGAAAUUGGAGGACAUCAAGAACGCAUUUGGAACGAGAAAUGGAGGCAUUCUCAGCUAUGCGAUGUACUGUCAGAAAACAUACAAGAAUGAUGCAGAAGACAUGGCCCCUUGUUUAGAGAAUGUAAACGCUUUGCUGACCUCACAGUACCACAACUUCCUGCCACCAGAUGGUAAACCGGUCAGUUUCUACGAGUCUUCCUUGCCAUUGUUCCGCAUGUAUGGACAGCUGUAUGUGGACACACUUCUAGAAAUGAUUGGGUCCAUCCUGAGUGCGCUGUUUGAUGAAAUAGCCGAUGUAUAUGGACCUGGAGGAGGCCUGGAUCCAGAAGACGUUUACAACAGCUUGAAGGCCGAAAUCGAUAAGCUCAAAGAAUACAUGGAUCAGGAAAUUUUAGAAGCGAAAUUGGAGGACAUCAAGAACGCAUUUGGAACGAGAAAUGGAGGCAUUCUCAGCUAUGCGAUGUACUGUCAGAAAACAUACAAGAAUGAUGCAGAAGACAUGGCCCCUUGUUUAGAGAAUGUAAACGCUUUGCUGACCUCACAGUACCACAACUUCCUGCCACCAGAUGGUAAACCGGUCAGUUUCUACGAGUCUUCCUUGCCAUUGUUCCGCAUGUAUGGACAGCUGUAUGUGGACACACUUCUAGAAAUGAUUGGUGCGGCAAGAAAGAGAGGCAAGGAGAGUCAAGCGGCUGCAAAGGCAGACACCCUGAUCAACAAAGUGGCAAGAUUCAAAGAGCAUUAUGAAGAAUCUGUCAAAAAAAUCAAAGCUCAUCAUACAGCGGUGCACAUCAUGCCGGAGAAUAAUGGAAACUGUGCACCUCUUCCACACGUCGGUGUUACUAUGUGUGUCUGCUCGAUAGCCAUUGGACCCAACAAAUUCGAUGAAGCAGAGAUCAAAAAGAAGGGCAAAAGUUCAAAAGACUGGUGUAUUGGACUUUACUAUAACAGUAACACACACCCUUGCUCGCGGGCCAAGAGGGAUUACAAAACCGGUAGUUACCAUAUAACACGCGAACUUGCUAUUCAAUCCUACUGGGAGAAACAAGUGGGAGAAACAGUUAUGAACUGGGUGAAGAUAGCUAACGAGCUGAAACCACUGAAGGAAAAUAUGAAGAGGUCACUGUCCUUUCGAGAGAGAAUCCAGUUUGAUCAGGAAGUCGCAGCUUACCAUGCCAGAGUGAAUCAUGGGAUGUAGUGACAAGGAACACAGGAGUGACAGCCAGCUGAUGAUUGAUUUGAAAAGUGUGCGUCUUUUUUUAAUGGAUUGACCUAGUUAGUCU